AAGUUGCGAGAGAGCCAGUUUGGCUUCUGUGUCCAUUGUUCAUUCGUGGCCGUUUAAGUAUGUUUGCGAGGGUUCGUGUAUAACAAUAAUCUCUCCUAUUUUCACUUCUCACUUCUCACUUCCCAGCGAGGGAGAGGCGGCGAUUUUUAGAUCUGAGGUCUCUCUCUCUCACAGUACUCUGGAGCUAUUCAUCCCAUAAGUGGUAGCUAUCUUCGAUCCAGCAAGUGCCCUUCCAACAUUCCAGAAUCCAUUCUCUCUCUCAGAAGGUGAACAAAAUACAUUUGGUGGGACAAUGAAUUUUCUGCUGCGGCCUGCUCAGACUGCUGCAGCAACAGCAGCAGAGCAGCCCUCUGUUUCCUCAAAGUACAUGACUGAUGCAAACUAUGCUUCAAAGGAUGGAAUGACAUUGGGUGGUCUUAUGGCUGAAGAUACAUAUCCACAGAAUUCCAAAGGUGAAGAUCAGGGGAAAGAUCCUACUGAUGGAAUUUGGGGUGAAAAUGGAAGCGUUAUGGGAGCGAGUUCGAAGAGUGACACUCCCAUUGUUGAGAAUCACAUUGACGUUGCUGAAGAUGAAGGAUGGAUAACUGUUCCAUACAAAGAGCUUCCUGAUAACUGGAGUGAAGCAUCUGACAUUCUUUCAUUUCGCUUACUGGACCGCAGCUUUGUUUUUCCUGGUGAACAAGUCCAUAUCCUGGCGUGUUUGUCCGCAUUUAAGCAGGAUACAGAAAUAAUAACUCCAUUUAAAGUUGCAGCAAUGAUGAGUAAAAAUGGUGUUCGAAAAAACACUGAGAAACAAAAUGGAAACAGUGAAUACAAGACUCAUACUAUUUGUGAAAAUGUGGAUUUGAGUCCAGAUAGUCAUGACAUAGUUCAGAAUGGUGAAAACCUUUUAGAAGAGAAGAUUGACGCACCGAAGGAUAUUUCUUCUGGUGAAUCUCUUCUUAGAAUGGAAGAUCACAGAAGACAAACUCAGGCAUUGUUGCAAAGAUUUGAGAAUUCCCACUUCUUUGUUCGGAUUUCAGAGUCAGAUGAGCCACUUUGGUCCAAGAGAAAUUCUCCAGAAGAAUCUCUUGAAUCUUCUGAGAUGAUCGCUGAUAAGGUCUCUGCAGAUAGUACAGGAGCCAGGAAAACUACAAAAAGUCGGGGCUCCCAAAGUGUAGUUAUUGAUAGAGGAAAUUUUGAUGCUCGCGUAUCUGGUGGAUUGGCGAGAAAUGCUGUCAAGUGUUGCUCCCUUUCAAAUGGAGACAUAAUGGUGCUUUUACAGGUAAAUGUUGGCGUUGAUUUUGUAAGAGAUCCUGUCCUGGAAAUAUUCCAGUUUGAGAAGUAUCUGGCUAGAAGUUUGGCUAAUGAGACCGAAAACAACUUACUACGUGCAAAUCAGGAUCCUUGCGGGGACCUGUUAAAAUGGUUGCUCCCAUUGGAUAAUUCUAUUCCCCUUCCAUCCCGGCCUUUAUCUCCUCCUACAUUGAGUUCCAAUUCAUCUAUUCGUAGCACAUCAACCAGGUCAAACUUUUCUGCUUCAUCUGGUUCCCAACUCUUCUCUUUUAGUCAUUUUAGAAGUUACUCCAUGUCCUCGCUUCCUUCAAAUACGGAAUCAUCUCCUUCUGUCACAACCCCCAGUUCAAGACCAAACACUGAUUUGGAAGACUGGGACCAGUUCUCUUCUCAGAAGUCUGUGAAACCUGGGAGUAAAGAGCUUUUAUCGUUCCGAGGUGUAUCACUAGAGCCCGACAGAUUUUCCGUUCGAUGCGGAUUGGAGGGCAUUUACAUACCAGGAAGAAGGUGGAGAAGGAAAAUUGAAAUCAUUCAACCUAUAGAAAUCCAUUCUUUUGCAGCUGAUUGCAACACAGACGACCUUCUUUGUGUUCAGAUAAAGAAUGUUUCUCCUGCCCAUGCACCAGAUAUUGUGAUAUAUUUGGAUACCAUAACAGUUGUUUUUGAGGAGGUAUCCAAAGGUGGACCACACAUUUCGUUACCAAUUGCAUGUAUUGAAGCUGGGAAUGGCCACAGCUUGCCAAAUCUUGCCCUCAGGAGAGGUGAAGAACACUCUUUUAUUCUCAAACCAGCAACAUCAAUGUGGAAGACUACCAAGGCUCAUGUAGAAAGAAAUCAGUCAUCACAUUCACAGAUUGGAUCAAAUUUGAGUCUGCCCGUCACCCAUUUGGAAGGAAAACAGAAUGCUUCAACUGCUGAUCAGUAUGCGGUUCUAGUAUCGUGUCGGUGCAACUAUACUGAAUCAAAAUUGUUCUUCAAGCAGCCAACUAGUUGGCGACCACGCAUCUCAAGGGAUCUUAUGAUCUCUGUUGCGUCUGAAAUGUCAAGACAAAAUCCAAGUCCCAAUGAAAGAGUCCCUCAGCUUCCCGUUCAGGUCUUAACUCUUCAGGCUUCCAACUUAACAUCUGAGGAUCUAACAUUAACAGUGCGUGCUCCGGCCUCGUUUACUUCACCUCCUUCAGUGGUGUCCUUGAAUUCUUCUCCCUCAACACCAAUGAGCCCAUUUGUUGGUCAUUCUGAGUUGGCAGGAAAAAUGAAUGGUGAAAGAGGAAGUUCAGCAACACAGAGGCUCAGCGCAACAUCUGUUGCUUUGGAAAAUCAGAGACAGAAUGGAGACAGUGCCGUACCCAUCUCUGAUGUCCUUCCAAGUACUGAUUUGGGUUGCACGCAUUUAUGGUUGCAGAGUAGAGUUCCACUUGGAUGUGUCCCUUCGCAGUCCACGGCAACGAUCAAACUUGAGCUUCUCCCGUUGACUGAUGGCAUUAUUACGCUUGAUUCGUUACAGGUUGAUGUUAAGGAGAAAGGGGUGACAUAUGUCCCUGAGCACUCGCUGAAGAUAAAUGCAACGUCCAGCAUUGCCGCAGGGAUUAUGUAAGAUGUGGUUGGUCCGGAGUUAUCCUUUCCUGGACUUCUCUUCUAUAUAUAGCAGGAAAAACAUCCUUAAAUUGCUGCUUGCACAUUAUUCCACCACAGAAAUGCUACACUUUUUAGAAAGACAACCGAGGUAUACAUCUUUUGUUCCUCUUGAGAGCCCGGAAAUCUAAGUGUGAUUUUUUUAAAGUAGGAAGCCUUGUAGCUAGUUUUGCAACACGUGAUCUGGAAAUCUUAUUUGUUGUAUGUCCUUUGACCUGGAAAAUCAAUCGUGUACCUAUUGUUCGAUGAACUGUAUCCAAAUCGUGCUCUACCCUGGUCGGGAUCAUAUCUGAAUAAAAGAAGAGAAUACAUCAAAAGUCAUUGAAUCU